CGAUCCAAAUCCUAAUCGCACAUCUCUUCUCCAUCGAUCCAAACUGUUUACAGAACCAUAAUCGGAGGCCUCUUCUCCACCGAUUGACAGUCUUCUCCACCGAUUGACAGUCUUCUCCAUUGCUCACGGCCCUCUUCUCCUCCAUCGAUCGACAGGUUCUUCUCCAUAGCUCACGACCCUCUUCUCCUCCAUCGAUUGACAGGUUCUUCUCCAUCACUCACGGCCCUCUUCUCCUAAUCGGGGCAUUUUUUGAUUCCCCGCCAGGGGCAUUCAAAACCAUUGGACCGCCCUGUCACUCUCAUCUUAAUCUGUGGUUUUGAAGCUCAGUCAGUGCUUAAUCAAACAUGGCAAAAGAUGGUGAACGUGGAUCCAAUGAACCUAGUAGUGUCCCAGCUUAUGAUGAAGCCAUGGACGCUUUGUCAUCUCUGAUUUCCCAAAAAAGUCGUGCCGAUCUCAGAAAUAGCGGCCUUAACUUUGAGCUUCUGUUUGAGUACGUUAAGAUUUUGGAUCUGGAAGAGUCAAUUUCAAGGAUGAAGAUCAUCCAUGUUGCAGGCACUAAAGGAAAGGGAUCUACAUGCACAUUUACUGAGGCUAUACUACGCAAUUGUGGCUUUCGCACCGGGCUCUUUACAUCUCCUCACCUUAUUGAUAUUCGAGAAAGAUUUCGGUUGGAUGGCGUGGAUAUAUGUGAAAAGAAGUUUUUGGCAUACUUUUGGUGGUGUUGGGAUAGACUGAAGGAAAAAUGCAGCGAUGAUAUACCGAUGCCAACUUUAUUCCGUUUCCUUGCUUUACUGGCUUUCAAAAUUUUUGCAGCUGAGCAAGUUGAUGUUGCAAUUAUGGAGGUCGGACUAGGUGGAAAGUUCGAUGCAACAAAUGUGGUUCAGACACCCGUUGUGUGUGGCAUUGCAUCCCUAGGGUACGACCACAUGGAAAUUCUAGGAAAUACUCUUGGAGCAAUUGCAGGGGAGAAGGCUGGUAUCUUUAAGGUGCUUCCCAUGCAAAAGCAUUCGUUCUGUUUUUUCUUACAAUUGUUUUGGUUUACUUUCGUUGUUUCUUUUUUCGUAGUCACUUCUAAUGUGUGCUUGUUUUAUAUGCAGAAAGGUGUUCCUGCAUUUACUGUGCCCCAACCUGAAGAAGCUAUGCAAGUACUCAAGGAGAAGGCUUCACAGUUGGAUGUGCCUCUGCAAGUGGCAAAUCCAUUGGAUAGUAAACUGCUGAAUGGAUUACAUCUUGGGCUUGUGGGCGAUCACCAGUAUGUUAAUGCCGGACUUGCCAUCAAGUUAUGCUCCACAUGGCUCCAACGUACUGGUCAUCUGGAAGCUGAUUUCAUGGACCAGACUAGUUCACUGCCUCGGCAAUUCAUCAACGGGCUAACGACAGCAACACUACAAGGACGGGCCCAAAUCAUUCCAGACCCGUCAUUUGAUAUUGAAAGUCCAGGAGACCUGGUGUUUUAUUUGGACGGAGCCCAUAGUCCUGAAAGCAUGGAAGUUUGCGCAAACUGGUUUUCUCUUGCCAUCAAAGAUGACAGACAACAAAGCUGCUCAAGUAACCAGGAACAUGAUAAUUCCAGAACUUCAAAUGAACUUGCACCUCUUAACCCUGGCAAAACCUCUGGCAAGGACUCUGCACAGAUAUUAUUGUUCAAUUGCAUGUCAGUGAGGGAUCCGCAGUUGCUCUUUCCCCGGCUGGUGAAAACAUGUGUUGGUCAUGGUAUCAACUUUAAUAAGGCGCUAUUUGUACCAAACAUGUCACUUUACACCAAAGUGGGAUCUAGCACAUCCUUGCCGCCAACUGAUUCUGUAGUUGACCUGUCAUGGCAGCUUACGCUCCAAAGAGUAUGGGAGAACAUCAUAUGCGGCGAAAGAGGGUAUAACAAUAAUGCUGACCUCGUUUCUGUUGAGAACAAAGAUCAUACCGAAACGAUUGUUAAGAGUUGUGAAAACAGUAUGGUGUUCUCGUCCCUUCCAUUAGCUAUUAAGUGGUUGAGAGAUGCGGCUAAACACAAUAAGUCCGUUCGACUGCAGGUCCUUGUAACGGGUUCGUUACAUAUGGUGGGGGACGUCAUUAAAUUACUGAGGAAAUGAGUUACUGUUGAAGAAACAUACAUACAUAUAUGAUAUAUGCAGCUUUUCAACAUGGAACCACACCAAUGCAAACACAUUCAGUCUGCCUUCUUUUGUUGUUCAUUAUUGAUCAUUGCAAACCCCUCAUCAUAUUUUUGUCAAAGAAUUUUUUUUGACA